AUGGCCGGACGCACGGAGGGGGCUCGCUGGAGCGGGGAGACGACGGUGGUGUGCGUGACGGGCGCCGGCGGGUACAUCGCCUCGUGGCUCGUCAAGCUCCUCCUCUCUCGCGGCUACGUCGUCCACGCCACCGUCCGUGACCCGCGUGAUCCCAAGAACGCCCACCUGGGGCGGCUGGAAGGGGCCUCGGAGAAUCUCCGGCUGUUCAAGGCCGACGUGCUCGACCAGAACGCGCUGGCUGCCGCAGUCUCCGGGUGCCAGGGGGUCUUCCAUCUUGCCUGUCCGGUGCCCACAGAUAAGGUUCUUGAUCCGGAGGCAAGUGCCAGUACCACUUGGUUCAUUGCUUUGAGCUUUUUUUUUGCGGAGGUUCAUUGA